UCCAACUCACGCGACGAUGGACUGGCCACGCUCUCUCCCGCCUAUCGCGCGGUCAUCAUAGGCUGAACCAAUCCGUUUAUUUGCUUACUAGAGUAAUAUCCUCAAAUGCUCUCAUACCGCAUCACAACGACCAAACAAGCUCAGGCUGAAACCUCGUCCCAUCCAAACAGGACUAUAUGAUCCUGCCCUUGCCUCUGUAUCUUGCCUUCCUCUUCCUUCACACACGAGAUCAGACUCAAAAUGUUCAUCCCCACUAUUUCAACAGUCCUGAGUGCCCUCAGUACCCUGAGUGGCCUUGCUGCCAUUCCUACUCAGCAUCCCUCGUCCUCAUCAGAUGUUGCACUCAACCCUCAUGAUGUCGUUGUUAGCAGCCAAACGCGCGUUGGAAGAGUUACUGAAUCUUGCUAUCAGCCCAUCCUAGGACUUCGACAAUGUACUAUGUAUACGGUCUAUGGCGACUCAUUCAGAGGAGAAGCUGCUGCAAAGACGACCAUGAGUAGCAAACCUACCGAAACUCCUGGAGAUGAUACCGAAGAUGAGGUGGUCACUGUCACUGUCGAUGCGCCCGAGAAAAUCGUCACUGUAACUACAACUGAGGAACUAGAGACAGUAUGGGAAGAUGUCAUCACCACUGUGCAUGUCACUUCCACUGUGGAUCUUCCUGAAGUCACAGUGACAGAGACUGCGAAAGCAAGUACUACCAUCGACGAACCCAAGAAUACAGCGGAACGCAUUCGUCACCACCCAAAAACCUCCGCCACUCCAUCAACCAAGAGAGCCAAGCCCUCUUCCUCUGCUUCCUCCCCUGCCUCGAAGAAGACUUCUUCUUUCUCCGAUCGUCGCAGUAAGAAGCCAAAGACCACUUCUGCCUCUGCUGUUGCAUCUACCGCUGUGGCUUCCUCUAUCUCUACAUCGGCAUCGUCAUCGAAUCCCCUCCGAGACUUGUUCGACUCGCUCGACUCGUAUUACGAAUGCCCUCCGCUCAUGCCGAAACAGUUUUGCGAGGAUUUCAAACUCAAGAAGAUCAGAGCCUCUUCUGCCUCAGUCUCUGCUUCCGCCACAGCUUCCGCCACCUCUGAUUCUUCACCCCCUUUUCUUGAUGAUUUCACCGUUGCAUGGACCGCACCUCCCUCGUCAGCUCCGACCACGAUGGGUCUUGAUGAUUUCACCAUUGCGUGGACCGCACCUCCCUCGCCAGCUCCGACUACGAUGGGCACGGUGGUCAAAGUAAACAUAGUGGCCGAGGCGACGCAAAGCGCCACCACUCAAACUUUGGAUUGGGAAGACAAAAUCGAUGAUUCUUUCGAGAACAGGGACUGGUUCGUGCCCAAGAACUUUACGUUGCAUGGAUCUCGCACUGUUUGAGGUACUUUGAGUUGGGCUGGAUAUGAAGGAAAGAAAAGGAGUUCGAUACCUUUCCAACAAAAACAGGAGAAGUCAAGAAGACAUGAAGAAGGACUAGGAAACCGAGAAGCCGAGAAGAUCAUAAAACACUUAGAAAAUGAGAAAGAAAUGCAACUACAGGAAUUGUCAAGACGAACGAGUUCAAUACUCCAGAUCUGAGGAUUAAUCUUACAACCGAGGAUACGGAAACAAUCCU